GCGCGAAACCCUGAACGGAAGUGUUUGACAGAGGGGAAAUAUGGCCGCCGUGGUCAGCUUGGUUUCCGUGCUGAAGGGUUCAGGAAGGUUUUGCUCUGUCUUUGCAGGAUUCAGGAAGUCUUCUUGUGCUUCUGGGGCAGUUACAUCAUGGAGACGAGAGUGUAGUUCCCAGAGCCCCCAGUUGUCCAGUCAGGGAGAUAUGCCUGUAGCAAUGGAAAAUCCCUAUAAGGAACCUCCUAAAAAGUGCAUCUUAUGUGGGAUGACGGUUGACUACAAAAAUGUACAGCUUUUAUCACAGUUUGUUUCUCCAUUUACUGGUCGAAUCUUCGGUAGACACAUAACAGGCUUAUGUGAAAAGAAACAAUCUGAACUCGCAAAAGCUAUUAGAAGGGCCCGAAAGACAGGAUUUAUGUCGGUGACAUUUAAAGACCCAACAUUCCUCAGUGACCCUAAGAUAUGUAAUAUUAAGUAUCCAGAAUAAAUUGAUAAUUGUACUUAA